UUCCAUUUUUUUAUUGAAAAAUACUCGAGGAUUUGCGAAUAUUAGGAGCGAUAAGGAUUCAUUUUCGCAGUGUGAAAACGUUUUUUUCGGUAUUUUUUUCCUCGUACGAAACGAUUUAUUCGAGUAGCCGAUAGGUUAGUUUGUGCGGUGAGACAAAUCGGGAUGUUUGUUGUGAGUUUUUUCAUUGGAUUUUGCGAAACAGCUCUGCAUACGGACAUCCUUGAAAUUAGGUUAUUUUUUUAACACAUCGAUGACGCAGCUUCGUCUUACAUACGAUUGUAAUGCCGGUACUCGAAGCAGUACAUUUUCUCACGAUCAGGUAAACGAAGGCGUAAAUGAGACACUGCACAGUCUCUUUUCCUCGGGACACCAUUUGCUCAUUUCGCUCAGGCUCUCUCGGUCUCGAAGGGCUUUACAGUUCGCGGGAAGGAAUACAGCUGUAGUCAGCUGAUACGCGUCAACCCAAAAUGUCGACGACUAUGGAGGGUUCACUCAGCAAGUGGACGAACGUUGUCAAUGGAUGGCAAUAUCGAUGGUUCGUUCUCGAUGACAAUGCCGGUCUUCUCUCAUAUUAUACGAGCAAGGAAAAAAUGAUGAGAGGAGCUCGAAGAGGGUGUGUACGAUUGCGAGGUGCUAUAAUUGGCAUUGAUGACGAGGAUGACAGUACGUUUACGAUUACGACGUCAUCGUCCAAGGACGAUCCCAAAACUUUUCAUUUUCAGACAAGAGAUGGCGAAGAACGUGAACGAUGGGUCCGUGCCCUCGAAGAUACAAUAGUCCGUCAUUCACACGCGCGCUGGGAUCCAAAAAAGUCACCACCCAAGCAAGACUUUGAUCGCAAAGUAGCCGAGGCUGACGUUUAUCUGCAACUUUUGAUUGAUCAGAUAAAAAUAAUUGAUGAAAAACGCAAAAAUACUCCAGACGAGGAUGAAGAAACUCGGGGAAGAUAUACUGCUGUGCUGGAUCAGGCGAACGCGGUCCUCAAUUCUGUUAAACACACAAUCGUCCAAUUGCAAAUUGCCAAGAAUACCGCUAUACCAGUAAAUGGAAUUUAUCGAGGACCCACAGAAACUUCUCUGGUGUCACAGAGCUUGCCGCACGUAGCCUCAAGAGAAUCGGAAUUAACGGUACAGACUGGCAUCGAAUUGGGCUCCGAGUGCCUCGAACCUCGCAUCAAUUCCUUAUCCCUAUCAGCUGUCGUAGAUCGCGAUUUGCCGGUUCCGGAAUUCUCGUACUCAUCGUCCGACGAAGAUGAAGAUUAUUACGACGCAGCGGACGAGCCGUCAACGCCUUUGGGCGGUCAGAAUUAUUUUACACUACGACGAGAUGCAGAAAGAUUGCAGACACCGACAGAAACUCCUGGUCCAAGUGAUAAUAAGAAGCUACCGCCUCAACCCCCUAUCAAGGGUGAUGGUUCGGUAGAUUACGAUGCACUGUACGAGGAAGAGAGCGAACCAGAGAUGGAUUCCAUGGACACCCAUGGUUCCGUGGUCACCCAUCUCUUGUCACAGGUCAAGAUUGGCAUGGACUUGACCAAAGUAGCUUUGCCUACUUUCAUUUUGGAGCGUCGAUCGCUCCUGGAAAUGUAUGCAGACUAUUUUGCUCAUCCGGAUCUUUUUGUCAGCAUAGCAGAUAUGACAACGCCCAAGGACAGAAUGAUUCAAGUAGUUAAAUGGUACCUGUGCAGUUUUCAUGCUGGACGGAAGUCCGGAGUUGCAAAAAAACCUUACAAUCCGAUAUUGGGCGAAAUAUUUCGAUGCCAUUGGGACAUUGAUAAAAAUGUCGGACCUAGCGGAGGCGACAUUGCUACAGCUAGUUCAAAAACAGUUAAAGAUGGUCCUGUGCCUUGGUGUCGAGAAAAUCAAUUGUCUUUCAUAGCGGAACAAGUUUCUCAUCAUCCACCCGUCAGUGCAUUUUACGCCGAACAUUACGCCAAAAGGAUAACGUUCAGUGCCCACGUGUGGACGAAGAGUAAAUUCCUUGGUCUCAGCAUAGGAGUACACAACAUUGGGAAGGGUUGGGUGUCCGUCCUCGAACACGGUGAGGAGUAUUAUUUAACAUUUCCAAACGGUUAUGGGAGAUCGAUACUGACGGUACCAUGGAUCGAGCUUGGCGGAGCUGCGACGAUAACUUGCGCACAAACCGGAUAUCAAGCUGCCAUCGAAUUCAUUACAAAACCCUUUUAUGGCGGCAAGAAAAAUCGGAUUAGUUGUCAAGUCACACAACCGGGUGAGAAAAAACCUUUUCUUACUAUAAACGGCGAAUGGAGUGGACAAAUGGAAGCUAAAUGGGCCGAUGGGAGAACCGAAUUGUUUGCCGACGUGAGGGAGCUGAGCACGGAAAGAAAAUUAGUGAUACCAGUAUGCGAGCAGGAAGAAUUCGAGUCACGGAAAGUUUGGCGAGACGUGACCGUCGGGCUAAAAAUCAAUGACAUGGACAAAGCGACCGCAGCAAAGUGUUCGAUUGAACAAAAGCAGCGAGACGAAGCUAGGAUCCGAAAAGAAGCGAAUAUCGCGUGGGAGACGAAGUUUUUCAACGAAACGAAGGACGGUGGUUGGCUGUACACGGGAACGCUUGGCGAGAGAUUAAACCCAGUUCCGGAAGAACCAAGUUCGACAAAAUUACACGACAAUGCAACAAUAAUGUCACCGUAGACAUGAGGAAAAACUGCACAUCCUAGGUUAAAAUAAAUUGCUGCUCCGAUGCUUUCGGUGUCAGCACUCCGGAAAAUUCGCCCACGUAUACGUGUUCGAGUAGAUCUUUUGUAAAGAGAGAAAACAAAUAUCGUUGAAUGCGUUACACAAAUUAAGCAGAGAAUGUUAGCACCUUGCACACGAGUAUUUUAGGACAAAAGAAGAGAAAUUAAAUACAAUGAGAAGAAAAUAGAUAAGAGAGAGAGAGAGAGAGAGAGAGAGAGAGGAAUCCUGUCAAAACAUUUGCCAAUACCUCGUACAUAAAUAUAUCACGUGUUCCGGUGGAAGCGUUCGUGUCAAACUGUACUUUAAAAACUCCUCCGAGUGUAGAAACAUCCAUAUAUAAAUUCUAAACGCAUGUUUACCAUAAAUUAGAAUGAAAAAAGAAAAAUUUGCCAAGUAUUAACCUUUUGUGAAUGGGUCUGGUCGGCAUUUCGAUCACUAAUUUGAUCGGGCAUUUCACAUGAAAAAUUCAUAAAUGUCAUGCACAAACUUUGUUGUAAAAUGAAAGAUCGAUUUCAAUAUAAAAAUUCCCGUUCUGAAAAGGUUAAUAAUUUGGCGACUCAAGUUUUUUUUCUUUUUCAUUAGUGUUUUUUUAAUAACCUCACAUCGACUGGAAUUACUUGGUGCAUAAUCAUGUAUCAACUUUUAUCUUUUAAGUUGAAUAAACACGAUAUUCAUUAUCAUUUUAUUUUGAAUAUAUCUAAUGAGCUCACAGCCAAAAAACUCAUGCGAUCUCGGUUCGAGAGUCAAUAAUAACGUAUAAAAAAAUGUAAAUAAAUUAAUUUCUCCUUUCUUCAAUGGUUUGUGAAAUGCAUAACCGAUCUUUUGAGCUUGGAAAGAAAUUGAGAUCGAUUUUUUCGACCGACCAUAAUGUUCCGUCUUUGAGUCAAAGCAGAAAACACUUAGGCAAUAGUAAGAAUGAAUAACAAAGUAUACUCCUUGAUUCCGCAGAUAUGUUUUAAUGGCGAAAGUAUGAUAAUAUCCUAUGAAAUUGUACGAGGCUUUAAGAGUGCAACAAUGGACUACUCAAGUGGCCUUUCGUCACCCAAUUCAUCGAAGAUAUUGCACACGAAAUGUUAUCUUGUUGUAAGAAGUAAUGCCCAUGUUCUCGAUAGAAUUUAUUUUUGUGAAGUCUGACAAAGAAAGAAGCCCAUUCGCAUACACUUCUUGUAUCGUGAUGAGUUAUAUUUUUCAUCGUUCUAUUUUACACGUAAGCUCCUUUCGAACAUUUAUACAUAUACGACUGGGUCUAACACAUUUUGGGCUCUUAUGAAUUUUCCACAUUAUUAUCUCUCUUAUACAGUAAAAAAAACGAAAAUAGAAAUUCUUCCUUCAAAUAUACGUUAUUUUCUUUUUUAGCUUUUUUCCAAUAAUUAACCAUUAUACGAAUAUUUAUUAAUUUUACAUAAUACACGCGUUAAUGUAUCAACCUUUUGUCAAAUUGACAAUUGGAUUUGGAUCGAGGUCGCUCCAUCAUCUUUUCAAAUGAUUGAGUUUGAAAUGGCGUAUAAAUGUAUAAUUACUGUAUACACUAGUGAAUCUGUAUAGUAUAUCAAUUUAUUGUCGGCAUUAGACUAGACAAUAUUCAUAAGAUAUAUAUAUAUAUAUAUACAUAUACAUUUUAAAAACUGGACUUUAACAAAAAUAUGAUUUUGUUUUGUUCACGAAUUCACGUCACAAGGAACUUCACAAAGGCAAUAUGAGUAUUAAUCUCAAAACGAUGUACGAAAGGACGAACCCUUUGUAUAAUAUUCAGUUCAUGGAAAUAAAUUACAAAAAAUAGAUAUGCAAAUAUGUAGAAGAGAAA